AUGCUACAAUCAAACAGAUUCAUUAAAUUACCCCCUAGUGGAAGUGGAGCUAAGAAGUUAUCUCAGAAAACUACGGACGUGAUAAAAGAAAUGAAUUUUAUAAGACCUUACGUCAAAAACAGUCAAGAUUUACCAAGUAAUCUGCUACGACUUCCAUCUCUUGAAAAUCAAGAUUCCAAUUCUGGUGAAAACAUAAGAGAUGUUGAAGAUAUCGAUCCGGACGGGCAAUCAGACUGUCUUCGCAACAGCUGCCACUCCACAGCUAAAAAAGUCAAAACCGGUAGAAUUACCAACUACAAAGAAAGGAAACCUGAUAAAGAUUGCGAAGUUGACUCUUACGUUACGGAAUAUCUUAAACGGAAACAAGUCAAUUCAGAUAACCCAAAACAACUAUUUUUGUUGAGCUUAUUACCGGAUCUGGAGCAGAUGGAUAAUCACCAAAUGAGACAGUUUAGAUGCAAAGUCAGUCAACUUAUAGAUGAUGAUAUUUUAACAACCUUGGCUCUUGGCUCUUGGCAAACUAUAAACAGUCAUCAGGGUAUUCUGGCUUCAAAUCAAUUAUCCACACAACCUGCUGAUGUUCAGGAUUGGCUCCGUAGUACCACCGGGCAUUUACAAAAUAGUCAGGAGAACCCAGAAUAUGACUUAUCAGCAUGGUUAGAAUAG